AAGGAUUAUAUCCACAGUUUAUGAUUAUGAAAAUGAAAUUAUAUUUUCUAUUGUUGAAUCUCUGCUUUUUAAGUCUUUCCUAUAUCUUCUACUGUUUCUGUGUCAUUUCAGAAUAUGAGAUGUUAGUGGUAUAAAGGAGUUUUUACAUCAGAUACAUCAGGAAUAUUGAUCAUCACUUGAAGACUAAUGGAAGAUGUUAUAAAUAAUACAUAUAACCACGUUUAUAUAAUUUAUCUAUGGUGAAGAACUGUGAAAAAUUCCAUCUGAAUUAAUAGCAACAUUUGUUUCCAUCAUUGCCUGGAAUAUUUGCUAAAGUAUUUCCCAUUCAGUCUGAACUUGGAAAAAUCUGCAAAGGUGUUUCUAUUACCUUUAGAUAUUGACAAAGACCAGACUUGUGGAAAAUAUAACUAGAGAAUUAUUUGAAUCAACCAAGGAAUAUAUAAGAAGAACAGGAAAAUAUAUUUUGUGCUUGUAUACUAUAGAACAAUAAUGAAUCCUCAAGAGAUGACAAAAGAAAGAAAAAAGUUAUCACACCAAUGUGAUAUCUGUAAAAAGACUUUUUCUAAUAAGGGAAAUCUCACUGUUCACAAAUUCAUUCAUGCAGGGGGGAAACAAUAUCAUUGUGAUAUUUGUGGUAAAUCAAUCUCUCAGAAAAGUAACCUUACCUCUCACAAAUACAUUCAUACAAGAGAGAAACGGUAUCGCUGUGAUAUUUGUGGAAAGUCAUUCUUACAGAAGGUUCACCUUACUUCUCACAAAUACAGUCAUACAGGAGAGAAACCAUAUCAGUGUGAUAUUUGUGGUAAAUCAUUCUCCCAGAAGCACAGCCUUACUUCUCACAUAUCCAUUCAUACAGGAGUGAAACCUUAUCACUGUGAUAUUUGUGGUAAAUUAUUCUCUCAAAGGACUGGCCUUUCUUAUCACAAAUCUGUUCAUACUGGAGAGAAACCAAAUCAGUGUGAUAUUUGUGGUAAAUCAUUCUCUCAGAAAAGUAGCCUUACCACUCACAAAUACAUUCAUACAGGAGAGAAACCUCAUCAAUGUGAUGUCUGUGGAAUGUCAUUCUCUCAAAAAAGUAGCCUUGAUUCUCAUAAAUACAUUCAUACAGCACAGUAUGAUUUGACUCCAAAUGGACGUAUUUGA